CUAAAGAGAGUCAGAAAAAAAUAAUUCUAAUAAUUUUCAAAAUCUAACGUUGAAAACUCAAAAUUUAUUGCAAUACUGAAAUACAUAUAACAUCUAUCCAACCGUUCUUAAACGGCGUUAAGAAUAACGCUAUAACAGCGAAAUCUCACGGAUUUGACAUAUCAAAGUCUAUCGUAGAUAAAAACAAGCUCAAAUUAAGGUCCACAUUCUAUUUAAUGCAUGUUUUGUCCAUGCGAAUGCUUCAAAAGAACGCCAAAACAAUUGCUGUUGGAAAAAUAAGAGAAGUGAGAGGUAGUAGCGGUGAUCCCCAACGGUUAUGCCAACACCACCGCAAAAAACGUUUACGAAAUGUUCGACGAGUAAAAUCGUAGAAAACCAAACAAUUGACGACAUCGACAAGAAUACGCAAAAUAACAAGACCGAUCAAAAAAUAAAUGUUAACCAUGCGUUACGACAGCAUGGUGGCGCUACUAAAGACGAUGAACGUUCACAAGCCGACAUUUCUGUGCAUCGUGCUGGUUCAACGGCAACUUUAGCAACUGAAACAAAGUCGUAUAUAAACGGACGCCCGAAAACUAUACUAGAAGAUCAUGGUAUCGUACUUGGUAAAGUGAUAGGUACGGGUAAUUAUGCAAAAGUAAAAAUUGGGUUCUCUGAGGAGUAUGGCAAACGUGUCGCCGUUAAAAUUAUAUCGAAAGUCAAAGCGCCAGCGGAGUAUACGACGAAAUUUCUACCACGUGAAAUUGAAGCCGUCAAAGGAUUGCAUCACGAGAACUUGAUAACGUUCUAUCAAAGUAUCGAGACAAGUCAUAGAGUCUACUUAAUCAUGCAACUGGCUGAGAAUGGCACACUACUCGAUUAUGUACGCGAAAAGAAGUUUCUAGAAGAGCCACAUAGUCGCAAUCUGUUCCAACAAUUAAUCAGUGCCGUGGAAUAUAUACAUUCUAAAAACGUGGUGCAUCGUGACAUAAAAUGCGAAAAUCUUCUACUAGAUGAAACCUAUACGUUGAAGUUAAUCGAUUUCGGUUUCGCACGUAAAGAUACGCGUACCUCAGAUCAGCAGGUGAUACUCUCGAAAACUUUUUGUGGCAGCUAUGCAUAUGCGAGUCCAGAAAUCCUUAAAGGUAUUGCCUACGAUCCGUUCAUGUCCGAUGUUUGGGCAUGUGGUGUUGUCUGUUAUGCAAUGGUUUUCGGCCGACUGCCCUACGAUGGUUCCAAUGUGCAUAUACUGCUUAAACGUAUUAAUGCAGCACUCGCUUUUCCUAAGAAUCCGACCGUUUCUGCUGAUUGUAAACAGUUAAUUGGUCAUAUAUUGGCGCCAUUAAAAGUACGCUAUGCUAUACCACAGAUUAAAGAAGAUCCUUGGUUCAAUAAAAACUAACGUGGGAAUAUACUUUCAUAAAACUUAUCGGAAAUUAAAUUAAAAAUUCUAGUUUGGUGCGAAAUGCUUUGGAGAUUUUGUAAGGAAAGAAUUAAUUAUAAAAGAAAAUAAAUGUCAAAAAAGAUGGAA